AGCCCGGCGGGGCCACCAGAGGGCCUGUGCUGCUACAUCUGCGGGUCGGCGCUGUCCCCGGCCUCGCAGCACCAGAUCCACGUGCAGAAGCAGGAGAAGCUGGCCCAGGCGCCCUUCUUCCCCUUCCUGUGGCUGCACAGCCCGCCGCCCGGGGCGCAGCCCAUCUCGGAGGGCGGCAGCACCCUCGUGUGCCCGUGCUGCUUCUCCUCCCUCAUGCAGCAGUGGCAAAGCUUCGAGUUGGCCAGCGUGCCCGUCCUGCAGCGGCUCUACGUGGUGCCCCUGAACAGCCACGCCCCUGGCAUGGCCUCCAAGGGCCGCAGGCCGCCCCGGGACGAGGGCCCGCCCGCUGGGACCCUGCCAGAGGCCUGCUACCUCUGUGGGGAGGACUGUACCCCGGAUGCCCGGGCAGUGGCCUCCAGGAUCCUCAAUGGCAACGCCAGGGGCACCAUGCACUUUCCUUUCCUUGGCCUCCUGCCCUGUCCUCCCAACGCACGGGGCCCCAACAAGCGCUGUGAGGUCCGCAGCUGCCCCAAGUGCUUCAGCGUCCUGGAGGAUGUCUGGGCCCUGUACCGGGCCUGCCAGAAUGAGGAGCUCAUCACCUCCGUGCAGGGCUUCCUGGGCAGGUACCACCAGGCCUUCUCCGCCUCAGACCCGGCUCUCUCCGAGCUGCCCGCCACAGCCCCGGGCGGCUCCACGUCCGUCUGCUACAUCUGCGGGGCAGAGCUGGGCCCCGGGAAGGAGUUCCAGCUCAAUGUGAACCCCACCAGCCGACUGGGCGAGAAAGAACCCUUCUUCCCCUUCCUCACCGUUUACCCGCCCGCCCCCCGCGCCAGGCCUGCGGACUCCACCGGCCUGGUGGCCACCUGCCUGCUUUGCUACCAUGACCUGCUGGGCCAGUGGCUGCAGCACGAGGCCCGCGGCACCCACCACGCUGUCGGCGCCUGGUCUCGGCAGUACCAAGUGGAGACGUUCGUGUGCUUCUUCUGCCAGCAGGAGAAGAAGCGGUCGCUCGGGCUGCAGGCCGUGCGGGUGGCCCGGCUGCCCUUGUUUCUCUACACCCUUCGAGCCAGCCGCAGCCUGCUGGUGGACGACGGGAGGCAGCUGAUCAUCGGCGCCUGCGUGGAGUGUGGGACCCUGGUGUGUGCUGGCCAAGGGCUCAGCCGCCAAGGACCCAUGGGCUGGAGCUCCCCGGCAACAGCGGUGAUGAAGGUCACUUCUGCCUCUCUCGAGGCACCGGCAGCCGGCCACCCUUCUGCCCGGGAGCCUGAUCCCCGGCCGGGCGCCGCAGCAGAGAGCCUGCCCAGAGGCCCGCGGACAGCACAGGAGCGGGGCCCAGCCCGGUGUCAGCAGAGCAGCCUGGACGGGGCCGGAGCAGACUUCACGGGAACAGGCAUGAGCCAUGAGCCCAAGUCCCCUUCGCUAGGGAUGCUUUCCACCGCGACCAGGACCACCGCCACCGUCAACCCCCUCACCCCCUCGCCGCUCAAUGGCGCCCUGGUGCCCAGCGGCAGCCCCGCCGCCAGCAGCGCGCUGUCCGCCCAGGCCGCGCCGUCCUCCAGCUUUGCCGCUGCGCUGCGCAAGCUCGCCAAACAGGCGGAGGAGCCCAGAGGGUCUUCACUGAGCAGCGAGUCGUCCCCUGUGUCCUCUCCGGCCACCAACCACAGCUCCCCCGCCAGCACGCCCAAGCGCGUGCCCAUGGGCCCCAUCAUCGUGCCCCCUGGGGGCCACAGUGUCCCCAGCACGCCGCCCGUGGUCACCAUCGCCCCGACCAAGACUGUCAACGGCGUCUGGAGGAGCGAGAGUCGUCAGGAUGCCAGCUCUCGGGGCAGCAGCGGUGGGCGGGAGCGUCUCAUCGUGGAGCCCCCGCUGCCCCAGGAGAAGGGGGGCCCUGCCAUCGCCUCCCACCUGCUCAGCACCCCCUACCCCUUCGGCAUCUCGCCCAGCUCGGUCGUGCAGGACUCUCGCUUCCCGCCGCUCAACCUCCAGCGCCCCGUGCACCACGUGGUCACCCCCAGCGCGGUGACUGAGGACUACCUGCGGAGCUUCCGGCCCUACCACACCACGGAGGACCUCCGCAUGUCCUCCCUGCCGCCCCUGGGCCUGGACCCGGCCGCCGCCGCCUACUACCACCCCAGCUACCUGGCCCCGCACCCCUUCCCCCAUCCCGCCUUCAGGAUGGACGACUCCUACUGCCUGUCGGCCCUGCGCUCCCCCUUCUACCCCAUCCCCACCCCGGGGUCCCUGCCCCCGCUGCACCCGUCGGCCAUGCACCUGCACCUCUCCGGGGUGCGCUACCCGCCCGAGCUGUCGCACUCCUCGCUGGCGGCGCUGCACUCCGAGCGGAUGUCCAGCCUGAGCGCCGAGAGGCUGCAGAUGGACGAGGAGCUGCGGCGCGAGCGGGAGCGCGAGCGGGAGGCCGACCGCGAGCGGGAGAAGGAGCGCGAGCAGCGCGAGAAGGAGCGCGAGCGCGAGCGGGAGAAGGAGCUGGAGCGCGAGCGGGAGCGCGAGCGGGAGCGGGAGCUGGAGCGCCAGCGGGAGCAGCGGGCCCGGGAGAAGGAGCUGCUGGCCGCCAAGGCCCUGGAGCCGGCCUUCCUGCCCGUGGCCGAGCUGCACGGGCUGCGCAGCCACGCCGAGGACCGGGCCAAGCCCGCGGAGCAGCUGACCCCCACGCGAGCAGAGAAGCUGAAGGACGCCAGCCUGCCGGCGCCCAAGCCCGUGCAGCACCCCCUGCACCCGGCACCCGCCGCCCACCACUCCGUGCCCAGCCUGCUCUCCAACCACGGCCUCUUCUCGCUGCCGGGCAGCAGCGCCGCCGCGGCCCUGCUGAUCCAGCGCACCAACGAGGAGGAGAAGUGGCUGGCGCGGCAGCGGCGGCUGCGGCAGGAGAAGGAAGACCGGCAGUCGCAGGUGUCGGAGUUCCGGCAGCAGGUCCUGGAGCAGCACCUGGACAUGGGCCGGCCCCCCGCGCCCGAGGCGGAGCACAGGCCCGACAGCGCCAGGCCGGCGCCAAGCCGCCACGAGCCAGGCGGCCGAGACCCCCCGCAGCACUUCGGUGGGCCCCCGCCCCUCAUCUCCCCCAAGCCCCAGCACCACUCCGUGCCCACGGCGCUCUGGAACCCGGUGUCCCUGAUGGACAGCACGCUGGAGCCGCGGCGGGCCCCCGACAGCCACCCCCUGCACAGCCACCCGGCCCCCUUUGAGCCGAGCCGCCCGGCGGCGGUGCCCCUGGUGAAGGUGGAGCGGGUCUACUGCCCGGAGAAGCCAGACGAGGGCCCCCGGAAGCGGGAGGCCGCCCCCCUGGACAAGUACCAGCCGCCGCCCCGGGAGGCAGGGAGCCUGGAACACCAGGCCUUCCCUCAUGGGCCGGGGCCCUUCCUGGCUGAGCUCGAGAAGUCCACCCAGACCCUCCUGGGCCAGCCGCGGGCCUCCCUCACGCAGCCGGCCCCCUUUGGGGAGCUCAGUGGGCCCCUGAAGCCAGGCUCGCCCUACCGGCCCACGGCGCCCCGGGGCCCGGACCCCGCCUACAUCUUCGACGAGCUCCUGCAGCAGCGGCGGAGGCUGGUCAGCAAGCUGGACCUGGAGGAGCGCCGGCGGCGAGAGGCGCGGGAGAAAGGGUACUACUACGACCUGGACGACUCCUACGACGAAAGCGACGAGGAGGAGGUCAGGGCCCACCUGCGCUGCGUGGCCGAGCAGCCGCCCCUCAAGCUGGACACGUCCUCUGAGAAGCUAGAGUUUUUGCAACUUUUUGGCUUGACCACCCAACAGCAGAAGGAGGAACUGCUGACCCAGAAGCGGAGGAAGCGGCGGCGGAUGCUCAGAGAGAGAAGCCCGUCGCCCCCCACGGUCCAGAGCAAGCGGCAGACCCCCUCGCCGAGACUGGCGCUGUCCACCCGCUACAGCCCCGACGAGAUGAACAACAGCCCCAACUUUGAAGAGAAGAAGAAGUUCCUGACCAUCUUCAACCUCACCCACAUCAGCGCGGAGAAGAGGAGAGACAAGGAGAGGCUUGUUGAGAUGCUGCAUGCCAUGAAGCAGAAGGCCCUGUCGGCAGCAGUGGCAGACUCACUCAGGACCUCUGCGAGGGACAGUCCUGCCGGCUCCCUGAGCGAGUCAGCCACGCAGCAAGCCUCUCUGGAUACCGAGAAGCCUGUGGGUAUCGCCGCCUCCCUGUCUGACGUCCCAAAGGCCAUGGAGCCGGGGAGACUGGAGCACCUCCGGGCGCAGGAGUUAGCCCGUGUCCAGGAGCCAGUGCCGGCCAGCGGCGAAAAGCCCCGACUCAGCGAGGCCCCGGGGCCCAAGAAGAGCCUGAGCAUGCUCCACUACAUCCAGGGCCCAGCGCCCAAGGACGUGGCUGCGCCGCUGUCCCACAGCGUCAACGGGAAGAGCAAGGCAUGGGAGCCCUUCGUGGCAGAAGAGUUUGCGCACCAGUUCCACGAGUCUGUGCUGCAGUCCACCCAGAAGGCCCUGCAGAAGCACAAAGGGAACAUAGCUGUGCUGUCCGCGGAGCAGAACCACAAGGUGGACGCGUCUGUCCACUACAACAUUCCCGAGCUGCAGUCCUCAAGCCGGCUGCCCCCGCCCCAGCACAACGGACAGCCGGAGCCCCCGGCGGCGAGGAAGGGCCCCCUCGCGCAGGAGGUGGACCAGGACUCGGACGACGACGACGACGGAGAUGGAGAAGACGAGGAGGAGGAGCCCCCCCGGCGCAAGUGGCAAGGGAUUGAGGCCAUUUUUGAGGCUUACCAGGAACAUAUAGAAGAGCAAGACCUGGAGCGGCAGGUGCUGCAGACGCAGUGCCGGCGGCUGGAGGCCCAGCACUACAGCCUGAGCCUGACGGCGGAGCAGCUGUCCCAUAGCAUGGCGGAGUUGAGAAGCCAGAAGCAGAAGAUUGUUUCGGAAAGGGAGCGACUCCAGGCGGAACUGGAUCACUUACGGAAGUGCCUUGCGUUACCGGCAAUGCAUUGGCCUAGGGGUUAUUUUAAGGGUUACCCUAGGUGACGGUUUCCCUUGCACUAGGCCGAACCUAUAGUAUAGAAAUAUUCUCUAUUUUAUUACCUUGAAUAUUUAAUAUUUUUCACUUGGAGGUUUGAAGCUUACAGAAACGAGAAUGUGCCAUGCAUGAAGCAAACAAUUCCAGGCUCCAGAAAACAGAACGGACUCACCUUGGCUCCAGCGCCGCUGACUCCCUCGUGACUCGGCAAGCAGCCGCCGUAGGACGCCCUCCUCCUCUUCCUCGUAGAAGCGGUUUCUUCCUUCUUCCCCCGGUUUUCGGCCCCUGUAAAGGAAGGUUCCUUCACCAACACUACCGUUACCUUUGGCAGCCCCGGGCGCGCGAGGUCAGACCAGACCCCUGGCCUGGUCCCGCCCGCACCCCCUGGCACCGCCGCCAGAACCCCGUCCGCUUCUGCCACGGGGGUCGGCCUCCGCCCCAGGACGGGACCCCUCUGGCCGGGCGCCUUUAGGUCGAGGGCCUACUUCCUUCAGUCCCUGCUCUGCAACAUACUCUUCAAAGCAACAAGUCAUAGGAGCACACGCGAAGCGACAGUACUGAAGCCUCCCCCAAGGCUUCUCCCUGGAAAAGCGCUCACCUACAGACAAGACAAAGCGACAACUGAAGGAACCUUUUUAUCGCGCGUGGGGCUGUAGCGCGUGCACCUGCGCCCACGCCCGCCGGUUGUGCCACGGCGCUGCCGUUUUCAUACAAGCGUACAUUUUGAGAGAAAAGUCAAAGGUGCUUCAGCCUUGUACUGUGUAUAUAUAUUAAAAAACAAAAGUUUUGUAUGUUUUUAUUACUUUAAUUAUUGUUAUAAAAAGCCUGCCAUUUUUAAUAUGUGGUUUGGGGGGAUUUUUGUUUGUUUGUUUUCCUGUUUAGGGGUUUUGUUUCUUUUUUUUUGUUUUCCUGGGCAAAAAAAAAAAAACCUUGCUUUUAGUGUUUGUACUGCUGCUGGUCAGGACAUUAAAAUAUUGAAGUGUUUUUAAAAAUUAAAGAAAAAGAAAACUUAAAAGAGCUUGCCACUGGCGCCUAUGCGAUCACUUCAUUUUUGAGUUGCACCAGGAAAUGCAGAAAGCCAUGCCUUACUUACCUCCUCCUGCUCCCGCCUGCUCCUGCGGCUCUGGGGAGGGGCUCGUCCCGGUGGGACAAGAGGGCGGGCCUGUGCAUGCCCUUCACAGAGGCAGGGCAGCGGGAAGCCAGUUCUCAGGCGUCUACAGCAGUGAGUCCAGGCACAGCAUAGACACGAGCCUUGGCCAGGCCUCGGUGGACCAGCCCUCCGAGCUGAGCGCCUGCUCUCAGGCCUACCAGUGACGAGCAGGGAGCUGUGUCCACCUUGUCCCGGUGAUCGCCCCUUCAGGCAGGGUGAAUCCACCUCAAGAAGUAUCCCUGGCCCGAAGGUUCCCAGAGCAGCCAGGAGCUGCUGUGGGGAGGGGGCAGGAGAGGAGGCCCAGCCACAUGCCCCUUGCCCUUCGGCCAGGCCAGGGUGGGGCCGACUGACCUUGACGAAGGCUGCUCACUGUGACCGGUGGCUGUGCCCUCAGCCCCAGACCUUAGCUGUGUGGAACAGCUUGCUGGCAGAUGGCCUGUGUCGCUUUAUCUGUUCCCACACAGUUUGCUUUGUAUGUCUGCCAAGAACCUUCCAGUUAUUAGCAAACUCAGACAAAAAGUGCCGCCAGUAUUAUCAGCAGUCAACAAGCGCCUUCCUCUCCACAGAAAUGACUUGAAGAACUAAGGGCUGUUCUAUGGGCCUCCUCCCCUACCAAGACACAAAGAACACGUACCACAGGUGGGGACAGGUGUGCAGAGGGGCUCUCCUGCCAACAGGGCAAACGACCGUGCACUUUCUCGAGGUAGAACGUGCUGCUUCUGGUCUGCGGGCUUCAGAGUUGCACCCAGUGCUCCCUCCUGGCCCUCCCACACAAACCCCCACACGCCUCGGCUGAAACGCCCAGUAACCAGAUGAGCCAGUGGGCAAGAGCGCAGGCCCAGCCCUGGCCGGCCACCCCCUUGGUUGGGUUUUGGACCCAGGAGGGGCGGGGCAGGGGGCUGCUGCACCUUACCGGGAGCUGGCUGCGGCAGUAACUUGCCACGCGACAUACCACCAUCCUACUGCCCUCCGGCCCCACCUGUGGGGGGGGCUGUGACUAUUCCCGGGCUCAAGAAGCAACACGACAAUCAGACUAAACCUGUAAGGCAGCCUGAGUACCUAUGAGGAAGGUAAGAGAGCCGCUCUGGAAACAAGCUAGCACUGAGACCCAGCAACCAGGCUUGGCUUUUCCCCUCCGAUACGUGUAUAAUUUGAAAACACUGGCUCUCAGAGGGUUCUGAAGGAAGAUGCUAGCAUUUGAGUCUCUCCAGUUGGGCCUGACACAAGCAGAUGUGAGCGCUCUGAAGCUCUGUGUUCAGCUAUUUCCCUUGAGUUAAAAAGACAAAGUCUAGAAGCGCUCCCUGGUUUUGCUCUAGAACAGAUCACGCGCCCUUCGUGUCAGUAUUCCCGUGAAGACCCCAGUGCUUCGCGACCCCGUGUCUUCCUACCACACCAGGGGUGAGACUGCUGCUUCUGUCCUCAGAAGGGGCUUCACAGCCUGGGGGCGCGUCCACAGCCGAGGCGUGCGGCCCACAUGUAAUCAGGCCGUUAGCUGCGAGCCAGACAGCUCUCCCCAAACCUGGCACUGCCGCCUGCGCACUGGAAAAUGAUCUCAUGUAGGGAGGGGCCAAACUGACAUCCUAAGUGUCAUGCUCUCCAGCCACUGUCUCAGUAAAGGACCAAGAUAGGGUCAUUCCGUGUCUCUAAAGGAAGUGGAGCACUUGGCAUCAACACCCGAGUAGCGGCACCCUCACGGGAAGCCAAAUACCCGCAGGAGCCCACCUGUACCCGGGGCGGCCUCCUCGUAGCGCACGGCGCUGCCAAAUCCCAAAAACCAAGCUGAACAGCAAAGCCAAGACCCCCGCUCCCUCUGACCCAUGUGUUUUAAAGUGUAGGAGAUUCCAAGGAUCCACCACAAGAUGGAGACAGUCAGCACAAGCCGACCCUGUUCCUUAGUGUAUAGUAGCCGCUUAGCGAUGACCCGUGUACUCUUCCAAGUAACCGAGCUAGUGACGUCCUUACUACUUCCAGUAGCCUGUCCCCAACUUUCUGAUCCAGCGCUUCACUUUAAACCCUUAUCUCUGCCUUGACCUGAGAGAGCCCGCGCUCGUGGGCUGUGUUCCGCUGUACGCACCUGCGCUAGCGUGCCAGAGCAGCAACCAGUGCUCGGGAGGGAGGGGAACGGUGCCUCGGUCACUCUGGGGGCAGUUUAGAUGCUGUGAAAUUAAACCUGUUCUAAGUGUACUUGUUUGAUUUAACUGUAUUGUAACAUUAUUUGUUGAAUGUAGUAAUUAGGUAUUUAUGACUAUAUUGCUGUAAUUUUUGACAACCAACAUCCAAAAAAUAAAAUCUUCCUAAAUCAUGUUCACAGGAAAAUCUUUUUUG